AUGAUUAGUGGCAAGCAUAGCUCAUUUACCACCAAUUUACUCUGCUUUAGUGUAGUGUGUCCAGCCAUCGAAUUCCAUGCAAAUUAUGCUAACAGUCCCUCUGAGAAUAACCCUGUGCAUGUGAAUAUUGCACAUAACAUCAUGCCUAACAACAACACUGGUCUAGCAUUGGUUAUGUAUACAUCUAUCAUGAGACUGGCAGGUAGACAUGUUGAUGGUAAUAAUACUGCUUUCAGAUACAAUGUUACAUCAGGUGUUGAAGCUGUCACUGGUCUUUUAUCAUUGAUAGAAGAAGCUUAUGUGCCUGGAAAGAGACACACAGCAAUCUUACCAGAAUGGGUUCUUAUGAGCUACUUUACAGGUGGCUAUAACCAUGGUCUUGCACUGACUCUAACUGCAUAUUUGCAGAGCAAACCCCAAUCUGCUAGCAUACUUACAAGUGAUCUUGCACAUAUAGUAAAAAACUAUUUUUGCAACCAGGUCUGUAAGUUCUGCAGAACGACUUCAUUUGCAAAUAGAAAAAGAACAGCAUUAAGAAGAUAUCAGUGUGGUUUGUUAGACAUGACUCUUCCUACUAAUUCUCCAAACGGGACUAUUAAAGUCCCAACCAACUUUCAACAAGCAAAAAAAUCAUGGGUACAUGCAGUACUAGGAGGAUCCACCAAGAUCUCCAGUCUCAUCGCAGAUUCUACACAAUGUACACUCAACACCCCAGCCAAUAAUGAACCUGGAAACCUCACUUCAAGCACUAAACUUCCUCCUCCAGUGGACCACUUCUCCUCACAAGUAAUGUGGCUAUUCCUGAAAGGCACCACCAACCAUUCAGUUGUCAUCAACAUCACCACAUUUGCAGUUGCACAAAAGCCUUUGUUUCUCUCUAAUUUACAGACUUUUUUCAAUGGCAAUGAACAUUUGUGGGCUGUUACCAAUCAAAUUUGCCGAAAAUACAAUUGUCUGUAUGCAGAAAUUGUAGUCUCUCCCCUGUACUACAGCCAAUUCAAGAAUGAUGCUGUUCUCAUUCUUCCAUCCUUUGACGUGCCAUUUGCGGUCUAUCCCACCCUACCUCCAUCUGCCAAGAUCUUGAAAAUCUCUCUUUCUGAACUGCCUUACCAGUAUAGCUGUCAAGAUGGCGAACUGGCUCAGCUCCAUGCUGAUAUGACCAACAACUUCAGCCAAUUUGACGCGAUUGUUGACUGUGGCUAUGUCACUGGUAGCAGUGGCCUGUACGCCAGUGGUGGCUAA